AUAUAUCUAACAAAUUUAGCACAAUAUAAAUAAUCCGUUAAAUGGGAUUUAUUUUAAUUAAUGUGUACAAGGUUGAAGAUAGACUUGGAAGCAUGUCCCAAUAAACAGGAUUUACACUAAAGCAAAUACGUGCAAAUAUUUCUGUAAAGAACGUCAAACAAGCUAUUUAAAGAAGUUUAACUUUUUAAACUCAAAACUUGUAGAUAGCAGACUUCAUUAAAGCUAUCAUACCCAUACCUGGCCUGCAGACAUCCAGAUGAGCACCACAUGGCAGCAAAGAAAGUUUCCUGUAAUAUGACACAGCUGAAUGACGCUCGCAUCCGAGAGCCAUCCAUAGCUCGUUCGAACUAAGCAAAAAGAAGGAGCAGGAAGGACUCUCUGGAGCUUUAGGGCUGAGGCGACGUAUAAACGAAGUGGAUGAAUAGACAAGGAGGCCCGAGAAGGCGUUUCCCCCGCCAGCCUCCUAUCCCGGCUGGAUUUGGAAGCCGUCCGCCGCCUGAGCGCCAUGGCCCAAGGCCGCCGCCUGGCGCUUGCCCUGCUAGCGUUGACCCUCGCGUGCUCUCGAGAGGCGCGAUGCGAGCAGGAGCUCCGCUUCAAGCCCCCGCCGUCGCAGAGACCGGUGCGCCUCUUCACGGAAGGCGAGCUGGCCAGGUACGACGGACACAAGGAGGAUGAACCUAUUUACAUAGCUGUGAAGGGUGUGGUGUUUGAUGUCACUUCUGGAAAAGAAUUUUAUGGGAAAGGAGCACCAUACAAUGUACUAGCUGGCAAAGAUUCAACCCGAAGUGUUGCAAAAAUGUCCCUUGAUCCAGCGGAUCUCACUUAUGAUACAACGGGACUCACAGAAGAACAGUUGCACUCUCUGGAUGAGACCUUUAGUAAUGUUUACAAAGCCAAAUAUCCUAUUGUUGGCUACACUGCCCGAAGAAUUCUCAAUGAAGAUGGCAGUCCUAACCCAAACUUUAAACCUGAAGAUCAGCCACAUUUCACUAUUAAGGAUGAGUUUUAACAAUAACUUGGCAAUCCCGUGACAACUACAAAGAACCAGAAAGGAAACGAAUGUGAAGCAACUGUUGCAUGUUAUCCAUUCUUUAAAUCCAUCCCUUCUAUGAUAUACAUUCUCUAGGCUCAGUCACUUGGAUCAACAAACAUGAUUUAUUUAGAUUGCAAAGAUUUGCCUGUUUUUAACUACACCCUUCAUGGAUUUUAAUGCUGAGGAUUAUCAAAUUUGAGUAGGGUACUAAUAUGUUACAUUUGCUACAUGAAAACAGAAAUUGAAAACAAGAUGAUAGAGUUGCUACGUCUUAUUGACAAAGUUAAGCGCUAUAUUCUUUUUAAAGGCAAAUUAUUUAAAAACUAUUAUUUGGGACUAGGAACAAUGUGCAUAUAUAUUCAAGCCACUAGAGGGCAAUGCCACACUAUUAGAAACAACAUUAUAGCUGGCAAACACAGUAAUUGGCACUUGGUAACUGGAAAACCCCAAACUUCUUCAGUGUUCUGUUAAAAUUGUAGAAUGAUAAUGUGUAAAACCUUUAAUAAAUGGAUUAUCUUAGCCACUAUAAGAAAUAUACCAUAAGAGACAUACUUGCAUCAUUUCAGUUUAUACCGGUAGUAGUCUUUAACCUAGAGCCCUUAGAUAUGUCCCAGUAACCAGAACCCAGUCAUGCUUGUGAGCCAUAUAAAGUGCAGUCAUACAACUUCCUGAGAUUUCAAAUCCAAAAAGAAGCCCCACAGGUGGAGAAGGUGAUA